AUGAGUAGUUCAGUUCAAUCAUCUUCGUCAACAUCUUCGGAUGUUGUCCUUGUACCUCAUCCAUUGAAUCAUGUCAAUCAUAAUCAUACCGAGUCGACUCCAACAAGUAAAUCUUUGAAACGAACUCGAUCGCCAAGUCUAACACGAGAUGAUAACAAUGAAACAAAUGACUUGACAGCACCGCCAGAUACACCAACAAAGAAAAGUCGGAGAAAACGAAAUACGACGGAUAUUGAUCAAAGUUUAGGAUUACACGUGUCUGCAGAUAAAAUUCACAUUUACCAAUGGCCAAUCGAUGAAGCACAUGCAGAUUUUCAUGUCUUACAAGAACAAAUAUGCGAUUUCUUAUCAUUGAAAUCUUUUAAAAGAAAAUAUCCUGAUAUUUAUCGAAGAAUCGUUGAUUUACACGAAAGAGAAUAUUUGAAAUCACAAAAUGUUGUGACAGAAACACAGUGUGAUUUAGGUUUGACCGCAUUGAAACUUGAUGAAGUACUGAAUUUAAUGUCAACAGAUUAUCCAGAUAAAUAUCACCAAUUCAGUGAUGUUUGGCAACAGAAACGUCGUGCACUCGCAGCAGCAGCAGCAGCAAAUCAUACAAACCCUAAUCAUAAUAGUACUACCACUCCAACGCUUUUAUCUGCAUCUAUUUGUAAUCAAUUAUCAGCAGCAGCAGCAGCGAAUACUCCACCACUAGUAACCCCAACCACAAAUUCGUUAGAUAAUGGAGAUAAAGCUCGCACUACUAAACACUCUAAUACAAUUCGACAGGACUUAUUGCGAUCAGCAGUUGAUUAUAAUACACAAUUACAACGAGAACGACGUGAAGACAGGAAAGCAUGUUUUGACCUGCAAACUAUGCAAGUACAUUAUCCAGCUAAUCGACAAUUUCGUCUACCACCUCACUUAACUAAAAUCGGUUCUUACCCCCUAGCUCUAGUACCAGGACAAUAUCAAGAUUCGUAUAUAAAAUAUGGCUCAGAAGAAUUGAAAUAUAUGCCUGUUAAUACAGCUCUGUAUUAUUAUCCAAAACCAGUUUCACUCAUCCGUCCCGACCGUUUUUCUCGGCAGGGUGCGUCAAGCGAUGAAGAAGAUGAGAGUACUUCAAGUGCACGUCCGUUAGUUUUCAAUCCUUCGACCCCACAAUCGCCCUCAUUAGUCAAUGGAAUCGGGGGUAAUAGUAACAAUUUAGCAUCAGUUCGUAAUACGAAACAAUCAACAUCGAUUUCACUGAACAGUCAUGCAAAUAUUUGUCAUAUGUGUAAAAUAGUUAAUAAUGAAAAUGAUGAGGAAUUAAUGACUUGUACGAGUUGUCAACAUCGAUAUCAUCCAGUUUGUCUUGAUGUGAAUAGCGAAAUGCUAACUAUUAUCAAAACAUAUCCAUGGCAAUGUAUUGAUUGUAAAAGCUGUGCAAAAUGCAACAAAACUCACGAUGAGGCUAAUAUGAUGUUCUGUGAUCGAUGUGAUCGUGGCUACCAUUCGUAUUGUGUUGGUCUCGAAGCUAUUCCAGAUGGAUCAUGGCAGUGUUCAGCGUGUGAUCUGCCCGCACCACCUCCGUCAUCAACUUCACCAGUUAUUAAAGGCAAACGUGGCAGACCUUCCAAUGCAAAUCGCACAUCUCCACGGCAACAACCAGCACUUUCGUCUCCCAAAGCAGAAACUCCUUCUCCUUCACGUGUCUCAUCUCGUCGCGGUCGUCAAAUUUUAUCUACGCCUUUAUCUCCAUCAAACAACACAAAUCAUUCCUCGAAUUCUUCUUCAGCUGAUCUAAUAUCAACUACGAACAGUCCUUCGAUGAAUCUCGUUCUCACUCGACAUCAACAACAAUGGACUACUACUGCCAAUAGUAACACGAGCACUAACCCAAUCGCAACAUCGACUAAUCCAAGAUAG